AGGGCAACAGGCCCCGGGACCUCCCCCUUCCCCAGAGCGUGUUCGGUUUUCUGCUGAGUUGCAGUGGUCCGAGAGCAAGUGUUCACCUUGUGCUAUGAUAUAUGUCAUAUAAAUAAACAUCGCUGCCACAUUCACAUCCGGAGGGAUCUUAAACAUUUCAACGGGUGUCUUGUCAUCGGCACCUCACCGUCAACUCACUGGGCCUUGAAGGAAAUUGAAAAGCAAAAUGUUUAACCCGCACAUCCAUCAGCAGCAACAGCAGCAGCAACAACAGCAGUUUCAUCAGCAUCUGCGGCAGCUACAGCAACUUUUCCAGCAGCAGCAGCCUCCACCCCCUCCACCUCCGCAGCCUGCACCGGCGCAUCAUGUCCCGCAUCACCACCACCAGACACCGCGAGCCAUUCCUGUACCACCUCAGACUGCUCCCACUGCCAGGAUGGUCAACCUGUGCCAGGCAACCCAGACUACCAUCAUCACCCCCAAUCCCAUGUUACAGGGCGCACUACUGAUGCAGCAGAUGCAGGGUAACAUGCGAGGUUUUGCGAUGGGAGGACAGCAGUUCCGUCAGUUCUUUGCAGCUGGGACCCGGUCCUCUCUGCUUGGGCCAGUUCCCAUGGGUGUGGCUAUCAAAUCCCCCAUGAUGGGUUUCCCAGCUGCACGUCCGUUUCACCCGCAUGUUCGAUACUACAACAACAACAACAACACCGCCACCACCACUGCACCUUCCUCCUCCUCCUCUUCAUCCUCCACCUCCACCAGCACAACAGUAAUUACAAAAGAUAUCACAGGUCGCCCAUCAGACAGGAAGAGGGAUGGAGAGCAGAUGGCAGCAGAGAGCAGCAAUGACCAGCCAGAAGCAAGCACGUCCACCGAGGCCAAUGAGAAGACUGAAACAGAUAAUGCUGCAGCAGGAGGUGAAGGAUCCACUCUGCCAUCUGAGGAGACGCUUGGAGAACCUGUAGUAAAGAAGCCAAGGACAGAAGGGCCUGAGGAUCCCAAAGAGCAGUCUGUGGUUGAGACUCAGACUGUCCCUGUGGCAGAGACCGUCCCUCUAGUGGAGGCUGAUGGAGAACUGCUUUCCUCUGAAUGCAACAGCCAGCUUGAGGACUGCAUCAUUCUAGAUGAAGAGGGAUCUGCAGCAGACUCAGAUGUUGUUGAAUUGGAUUUACUGAUGACCAAAGCAGUGGUGCACAGCUGUCCUCCUGCUGUAUCACCAUCUUCCAGACUGAGUGAAGAGGUCCAGCAGGUGAAUUUACCCUCAGCAGAGAUGACACAAGAUAAAGACAUUUGUUUGACUUCACCGGAAAACCAGGAGGAAGCAGAGGAGGGUGUAACAGAGGGCACCAGCAAAUUCUACUGCUACCUCUGCAGCAUCACCUGCCACAACCAGCAAAACUUCAGGAGUCAUAUGAACAGCGUUUCCCACCAGCAAAGAAUGAUGGAGAUCCAGCACAUGAGUAACGCCUGCCUAGUCACCCUGCUGCCGCGAGUACAGGAGUCUCUACAAGGAACAAGCAAAGAUGGAGAGAAAAAAUCUGAGUUGAAGCGCUGGUGUUCCACCUGUCAGACUCACUUCAGCAGUAGUAUCAUGGACCACCGUCGGACCAAGGAGCACAAACUCGUAAGUAGAACGGCCAUCUCAUCCUGCACUGUCUGCAAGAAACACUUCAGGACUUCGCAGAUUUUCAUAGAGCAUUUGCAGUCCCAGGAGCACAGACAAAAAGUGGAGAAGGAAAAUGAGGGCUGUGAGGACUCAGCUAAGCUGACAGUCAUGGAUACAGAGGGAUUUUUGGUGGAAGAGGAAGAGGGUAGUGAGGUAGAGGAGGAGGAGGAAGAGGAAGAGGAGGAGAAGGACAACAGACCAAGCAAUGAAGGAGACCAAGAUGAUUCAGACAAAAGGGAUGGCUGGACCUCCCUUAAAGAAGUGACUCUGAAGAACAUGGAUCAUGAUGAGCAGUAUGACCCUGACACAGUCUAUGGGUCCAGUUUUUUUGUUCCAGUUGCAGGCUUUAUCUGCAGGCUCUGCAAGAAAUUCUACCAUUUUGAGUCUUCUUCCUUACACUCCCAUUGCAAAUCCCUGAAACACUUUGAGAACCUCAAGAAGUACAAGAUUUUGAUGAGUCAAAAAGGUGAAGCAGUUGAAUCCUGCAGAGAAUCUGUGCAAGCUCAGGACAGCGUCUGUCCUGUACCUGAAUCUAACAGAGACUGGUCAGAUGACACAAGUUUAGAUUCAGGGCUGAACUCUGUGCAGCCUAUCAUUACGCUGCCCCAAAUGACCCAGCAACCAGAGAAACAAGAAGAACCCAACGUAUCCCUAGCGGACCUCAGCUCCACCUCACCACUCAGCAGCACCCACUGCACAGACCAUGGAUUCUGUAGCGUGGAAGACAAGACCACAUCCCAUGAUUCUGUAGAUCAGAAGGAACCUGCUGACAGCAAAGAGGAACCUACUGACAGCAAAGAAGAACCUGCUGACAGCAAAGACGAACCAGGCCCAGACCCAACAGCAGAUGCUGAAGGAAAUGAAGAGCAACAGGAGGGGGAGAUGGAACCUGUGGUAGUCCAAGGGAAAAAGAAUAGCACAGGUAAGGCAAAAGCUGCUCCUAAACGGAGGUCAGGGAGGGCUGCAAACAGACGCUGAGUCAAAGAAAAGAUGCAGAAAGAGAGAAGACCUGGUGCAGACGCAUUGUUAGGACACGUUGUACCUGUAGAGGAAGAGGUACUUUUAUGGAACAGACACAAAAAUAAACAGCCAAGUGUCUCUGUGUUGUUGGAAAGUGUGAACUAAAAGAGAAGAAUGUCAAUGGUGAGUCAUCACAGGGAGGGAACUGAACCCCUGACCUCUAUCACAUGCAGAUAGUAAGUAAACCUCACAUCCACUGAAUUAAAUAAAUUGUUGGGAAAAUGUGUGACAAACCCAGAGCUUUUAUAAUUAGAAUCAAAAUGAUGUCAAAAUAAAUGACGUGUGUAGUUGAAGCUGAUGAUUCUUUUUUUGUGUAUAAAUUGGUAAAAACUUCAUCUGCAUGAAUGAAAAAUAAUUAUGCUUUACUUUCCCUUAAGACGACUCACAUGGGUUUAUGAUCAGAAAACACAAAUCUGAAAGUGAUAGCAUUUCUUAGUGUAUUCUCACUGUGUAGGAAAAACAGUAUAUGGACAGUUUCUUCUUUGCAGACCUUGUAGUUACUUUUAACCCCGUGAUAAUCGCUGCCCAGUCUUUAUUAACACUUGAGGGUUGAAAUGGAAAUGGUGGCUGCUGGGUUUUCUGUCCAGCUGGUCUGUUUUAUGCUUUCCCACCCUGUAAUUAAACAGAUCAGGGGUUUGGUGAAGUCUUCUUUAGGUAGAUACUUGAGCAAGUUAUGUCCUCAAUAUAACCUACACGCGUCAAAGACAGUACUGACGGUGUAGUGGAGAUGUUAUCCACUGUCGCUAACCAUGUAGCACAGGACUUGUAGUGAGGUCAGAUGUGUAGACUGACUAAAUGAAAUGUAUGAACAGGCGCCAACUUCAGUUUGAGGAAGUAUUAUCACUAGUAAAGUGCUACUAUGACUUCACUUGUGAACAGUGCUGGAUUUGAAUCUGAUUCUUGAGGUUUGAAGUAGAAAAGUAUUUUCUCAUCUUUUUUUAGUUUUGUUUUUGAAGUUCAAUUGUAUUUAAGCAGAAAAAUUGCCAUAAAUUAGUGUUUUUUAAAAACUGUUCAUCCUUGCAGGAUACCACUAGUUUAAAGAAAAAAAUAACAUCCCAUGUUGAGGUCUAAGCUGGUUGUGUACUUGAACACUCUAACAUUGCUGAAACUUUAUAGUUUUAAUCCGUGAUCCACAGGAGCAGCAAAAGAUGAGCUUUCAGACACUGAAUUUAGAGCUGUCCACUAAGACUUGAUGUAAACUUUGCAGAACUAAGCUUGAUGCUGCUUUAAGGAAGUUUUGUAACCUUUCUACUGUUGUGAGGUGAUUGACAGUGUAAUCCAUUUUAAUUUAUAUUUUUAAACUUGAAACAUCUGUUCGUCCCGAGAUCACUCACAUCAAAUCUACUGAAAUAUGUGGAAUAUCAUUUGUCCACAAGCUGCUUUUCAUUCUUUUAAGGUUCAGUGUGUGAUAUUUAGGGGCUAGAUUGUAACCAACUGUUAGCACAGUGGCUGUGAACUCAGUAACCAGACUUAACCUUUAUUUUUUUUGGCUGCCAAAAUGUAACUAAUUCAUCCUUGUGUGUUUGUGUCAUAUAUUAAAUUGCUUUGCUAAAUUUGACUCAUAUUACUUCAUGACUUUACAAUUAGUUUGUGCUUAGUGCCUCUGUGCCUCUUUGCAUUGAAAGUUAAAAUGCCUAAGUUUACCUGACCUAACCCUUAUUUCCUGGUCUGUAAAGUUAAGUCAUCACCAGCUAGGUCACUCAGACCAGGUGAACCCUCUUGGUACCAGGUGAACCCUCUUGGUACCUACCCAGUCCAUCAGCUGACCAACCCACAUGUGCAGUUCAAACAAAAAACAUAACGUGCUGUACAAUUUUGACACCCCUUGGCCAAGUAAGAUUCUGAUUUGAAAGUUAUUGCCCUAUAAUUUAUAUUAGAUUGUCUUUGUGUAAAAUUUAUUACAUACAUAUUUAUAUUUGAAAGUACUCAGAUAUUAUAACUGCACAAGGAACAAGGCUAUUUGACUUUUAAAAAGUUGGUCAAGGUCACCUAUUUUCAGUAGGCUUCUGUUCCAUGCCAAGAUGCAUCCACAGUAUAAAUUUGGUGCAGAUAUCUCAGUGAUUUCUUCAGAUGAUGUGAUUAUGUCAUCGAAUGGACAGACAACAAAAUGAUUACAAUAUCCCUUGGGACAGGAAUUGGCCAAGGGGUAACCAGGCCCUCGGGUGAUUCUGAUGGAGUGAUGAAGUCAGAGCCACCAGUGAGAUGUUAGUAUGACCCUGCUUCCUGUAGCUUGACAAAGCCAUGGAUACUUUUAUAAAAAUUUGAAGAAAUUAACUCAAGGUGUUUCUGAAAACAUUGCAUUCAUCAAAUGUGGCAGACAUCCUUGAGUCCAAAAGGUCAUUUGUGCCAAAUUUUGUGAUAUUGUUUGCAUACUAAAUGUAAUGGGGAAUCAGAACUUCUUAUAGAAAUUACCCUAAAAUAAAAUAGGACUAAGGGUCCUGUAGUCAACGGCAUAUUUAAAGACAAUAAUUGGCAUUCCUUUGACCUAUAAAGGUCACAGGUCAUGGCACCAAAUGAAAGCCCAUGUAUGACUUCUAUCUAUUACCAAUAUUAAUUAUAUCCAUAUAUCUUCAACUGUUUUCAAGUUACAGCACUUUGAAAUUUGUCUCAUUAUAAACCAAUGGGGAUUUUUUUAAAAAUCCAAAAAUCAAUGUUUCCCAAUUCUUUGAACAAACUUGGUAGACCUUACCUCAAAAAUGUUCCACAACAAAUAUCAAGUCAUUCUGACCAGCUACUUUGGAGAAGAAGAUUCUUGAAAAUUGUUUACGGAUUGGCGACGGACAGACGCCAACUGAUACCAAUAGUCCAUCGGACCCUUUGGGCUGUUGGACUAAAAAUAGUCUGAUGUGAGGAUGGAACUGGUGGCCUUGGAUAUGGUGGACCCCAUGCAGGCUAAACCUGUAGAUAUGAACAGCUAAGGCAAUGACAAUACAGUGAUUCCUAUUUACAUGUGAUUAAACAAUAAUAAAAACAUAACUAUGAAUAUUCUAUUCCAAUCCUCUUUAACCCCUAAAUCUUACACACUGGACCUUCUUUAAGCAAAAAAUUUGCCCUAAAACAGUGUUGUCAGGAUAUCAAUGUUAAAUCAGAUCUGGUGUCCAGAAACAAACUUCCAUAUUUCCAUGGACUGAAAAUGCUUCAACACAUCUGCAGCAUCCAUUUCUACUUGUCUAUGUAGUAGCUGCUAAACGCUGGUGGACAGUUGGAGUUGCAGACAGUCUGAGAUAGUCAUGUAGUGUUAGUAGGUGUUCAAUGAAGCCAAGUGUCCUUGUGAAGCUGCAUCUCUGAUAAAGCACCAGUAACAUUCAGUAUACCAGCCAGUCCUAGUUCCACAUUCUAUUAUUAUCUUUGGUUUGUCAUUUCAGUGUCACAAGUCUCAUGUACUUAUUUAUGACCAGUGUGUUGAAAUACUUCAUCCUCAUCAUUGAGAUUGAUAUUUUAAAAGACAGGCUGACAUGUACCUAGUCAUGUAGUCAUGAUAGCAACUGUCACAUAUUAGUCUUUUUAAAAGGAACCAUAUGGUAAAUAAUGAUUUGUGUGAGGUAAACUGUAACAUUUAUCUCUUAAGCAGGAGCAAGAAAAAGGCAUGUAAAGGAUUCUUUCAAAGCUGUAUGUUUCUUAUUGUAUUUUUAUUCAGCUACUGACAAUUUGAGAUGAACAGGUGAUGUUUUCUAACUGCUGGAAGUUUAAUGUAUUUUUGAAUGUUUGUUUUCUGUUUUGGGUCAUUUUAAUUUAUAUUAAAAUGUCUGACAAUUCCCACAC